AUGUCAAAAGACAGCAAGUCAGAUACAGAAACAAAGGAUAGAAAGUUUAAAGCUAGUACGUUUGAUGAGUCAAAAGUCCGACAUUCAUUCUUAGAAGUGUCUGUAUUUGAAGUACUGUUUCCAAAGCACAGAGCACAGUACUUAAAAGGUGUUGAAAGCUACGCCAUUAAAGCUUGUGAAGUAAAGAAAGUUCAUUUUGAAGUAGACUAUGACAAAUUUACUAUGAGGGUAUCUACGACGGACAGGACAAGAGAUCCGUACAUUAUUAUUAAGGCUUAUGAAAUGAUUCAGCUUCUAGGCAGAGGGGUUACUCUUGAAAAUGCAGUCAAGGUUUUGGAAGAUGGAAUAGCCAGUGAAGUUCUGCAAGCAAGGAUGCUCUGCUCAACUGAAAAGAUAUUUGAGAGGAGGAGGCAGAGACUCUCCAACCCAAAGAUUCUCCAAUCGAUUGAGCUAAUCACCAAAACACAUGUUCUGAUAUCAAAUAAAACAGUCUGUAUUGUUGGAGAGUACAAAGGAGUGCAUGAGGCCAAGAAUAUAAUUAUCAAAUGCUUUGAAAAUAUUCACCCUGCUUUUGAAUUAAAAAGGCUAAUAAUUAAGAAGAAGUUAAUGAAAGAUAAUGCUGAAGGUGAUUGGGAAAGGUUCCUUCCAAAUAUCAAAAAGACGCAUUCCAAAAAGAAGAAGACGCGUAGAGAGACAGGAAGCAUGCCAGAGGAGAUACAUGAAAGGAAAGAGGAUUUACAAAUGCAGACGGGGGAGUAUUUUUCAAAUCCUGAAAAUACUGAAAGGCUAAGGAUAAAAGAAGAGAAGAGGAAAAAGAGAGAGGAAAUCAGACAGGCCAAAAAGACAAGGUUUGAGGUUCCUAAUGAAUGA